GCUUGUCCUAAACACUCAUGCUGAACCAAUUGCAUACUGUGUCCUAUCCUUACAGGCAGCGGAAAACCUCUUCAAGAGCUCCUUCAGCGCCAACACUACUCGAGUAGCUCACAGGCCAACGGUGUGGGUCUAUGCCUCCAGGUGACAGCCUAUUCCCCCGUUUGGCAGCUCAAUGUCAGAGUUUGGCGGCGCUUCUAUCCUGGGUUUGAGCAAGCCUAACAUGACGGGGUCCCCUCGUGCCCAUGUCACUGACAACGCCAUUUUGCUCUCACCGUCACCAUCGUCGUGGACAUGCCAUCGGGAAGCGACACUGCGAGUGGGAGGGGCGCGCCUGCGACCCUUGCAAGCGCAAAGCGACCGUUCAAGCCUCUUGCACCAGUGAAGAAGACACCGGCGGCGAAGAAUGUACUAGCGGCGACGAAGGCAUCAGCGGUUCGCGAUAAGGGGAAGGACGACGCGUCGCGCGCAUCGGCGCCGCCAUCGCGAGUGCAGAACCCUCCUCCACAGGCAGAAGAUCUUUCACGCGCGUCUGUCCCGCCUCAGACGCAGGACACGUCGAAGGAUCGCAUAUAUGCGCUGGACUACGCUCGCGGCGCGUCUUACAACCCAUUCGACGCGUCAAAUGGCGCUGCUGAGGUGUCCAAUCUCGCUGGCGUAUCGAAUUGUACUUCCGAUACAUCCCAGCGCUCAAACAACGCGUUCCAAAGCUCGAACAACGCAUCCCAACACUCGAUUGACGCCUCUGAGGAUGCUACUACCACUUUCACUCGCAUUGCUGACGCGGCCAAGCCCAUCGUGGACGCGUUCUCCUCCAACCCCGCACCCCGGAACGCGUCCCUCGCGUCUACGGCUUCUUCGAACACCUCUUCUGCCCUUCCCGACGCGUACAACGCGCGCAACACGCCCUCGGCGACGCGCUUCUCGAUCGUGACCCCCGCGGAGUCGGCGUCUGUGGCCGGGGCGCUGCGCAGGAGCCUAGAGGAGGGCAAGAAGCUCUUGGAAGAGGAGAAGCAGCGCGUCGAGGACGAGCGGCGCCGGCGCGUGGCCACGGAUGUGCAGCGCUCGCAUGCGACGCGGCAGUGCGCGGAGGCAAAGGCGGAGGUGGAGAGGUUGCAGCGGGAGCUGGAGAGGUCGAAGCAGGAGAUGGAGCGCGUGAAGACCAGCGGCAACGCACACGACGAUGCGGAGGAACUGGAAGACGCGAAGGCGGAGGCGGAGCGAGCGCGAAAGGAGGCAGAGGAGGCGCUCGCGGAGGUGAAGCGUCUGGAUGCGGAGCUCGAGCGGGCGAGGGAGGCGUUAGCGAAGCCUAGUGACGCCAAGGAUGGGAAGCACGGCGACAGCAAGGACGUUAAGGAGACGAGGAAGCUCGAAGCGGCGCGGAAGGAGCUGGCGAAGAUGAAGAAGGAGCUGGAGCAAGUCAAGAAGGAUUUGGAGCAGGCGAGGAAGGACGGGGAGGGGAAGGGUUCAGGAAAGCUGAAGAAGCUGGAGGGGGAGCUCAAGUCCAUCAAGGACGUUCGUGAUCGCGCUCUGCGCGACCUCGAAACUAUACGCAAGGAUCUCGAGACCGCUCGCAAAGACCUCGACGCCACCCGCAAGGAGCUUACCACGACUCGCAAGGACCUCGAGAUCGCCCAGGGCGAGGCCGAAGGCGCGCACCUGCUCGCCUCGCAGGCCGUCGGCGACGCGCACAACGACGUGGCGAAGAUGCAAGAGGAGGUGUGGGGCCUGCAGGAGCAGCUGGCGACGUUCAAGAAAGAGAGGUCGCAGGCGAAGAAUGCGCAGGAGGAGCUGGAGGCGAGGGUGCGUGAGCGCGAGGAGUCGAACAGGGAGCGUGGUGAGAUGGUUAAGGAGCGCGACGAGACGAUCAAGGAGCGCGAUGGGAUGCUCAACGAGCAUAAGAAGACGGUCAAGGAGCUCGAGGGCAAGUUGCGUGACUCGGAGACGCGGGCGGCGGAGGUCAGGGCGAACGCGGAGAAGGUGGCGCAGACGGAGAAGGAGCUGGUGCAGACGCGGAUGGAGGCGGACAAGCUUCGGCGCGCGAACGAGCGGGGGAGGAAGGGUGUGGAGGCGCUGACGAAGGAGAAGGAGGCGUUCAAGGCCGAGAGGGACCAGCUGGCAACCGAGCGCGAUAGGCUUGUAGCGGAGAAGGGCAAGUUGGCGGUGGAGAAGGGCAAGCUGGUCGUGGAGAGGGACACACUUGCGGCGCGGCUGAGCGCGACGCAGGCGAAUUUGGGGCGCGUCAUGACGGAGCUGAAGGCGGCGAAGAAGGCACAGAGGGGCGGGGCGUCGGCGGAGGCAACGGUUCGGUUGCAGAAGAGCGUCGCAGCACUGAAGGCGCAGAUUCGGCAGACUGAGUCUGAUAUCGAGUGCCACGAGUGCGGUCGUUCUCGCCGAGCAGCGCAGUCGAGAGUCGAAGGACCAUGCUGUACAAGCGAGGGCGCAAGUGGGCGAGGCGGAGAAGGCGUUCGCAGUCAUCAAGACCAGGUUCGCUGAGCUCGAUACGGAUGUGGACAUCAACACUGCGUCGCAGCUGUCCGUCGACGCUCUGUGGGAUGUGGACGGUGACAUGGACGCUGGUGCGAUCAACCAGGUCAUGGGGGCGGUUGACCAGGACGCCAGCAUGGCUGAGCAGGACCCGGACACCACCCUCUUCGAUGUCGACAUGUCGCAAGCUUCGCCGAUGAGCCCGUUGACUCCCGUUCCGCUCACGGCUACCACUGAGAAGCGCGGGCGCCCUACGAAGCGUGCACGGUCGCCUA